CCAGUACAUACUGCCAACAGACUACAGCGUUGGGCACUGACACUGCUGCAGUAUGAUUUCAAGAUCGAAUUCCAGAAGACUGAAAGUUUUGGAUACGCUGAUUUGCUCUCUCGCUUGAUUGGACAACAUUCCAAGCCCGAUGAAGAUUAUGUGAUUGCCAGUUUGCAAAUGGAAGCAGAUAUUCGCAGUAUUCAAACCGAAGCCGUAUCAGUUCUACCAAUCACCAGUCAAUUGAUUUUGCAAGAAUCAAAAAAGGAUGCCACGUUUCAAGCAGUCCUCAAGCAAGUUCGAGAUAACUGGCCUUCCACGAGACAUUCCAAUGAAGUCGGAUCAUUCUACAAGAGACGUGAAGCGCUGUGUGAAGCGAAUGGAUACCUGAUGUUCAUGGAUCGAAUCGUCAUUCCGAAGUCAUUGCAAUCACCUGUUCUCAAGCAGUUACAUGUUGGUCAUCCUGGAAUGCAAAGAAUGAAAUCUCUGGCAAGAAGUUUUGUGUUUUGGCCAAAUAUGGAUGCAGAUAUUGAAGACUAUGUCCGGAGAUGUUCGAACUGUGCAGCAGCAUCAAAAGCUCCCGUGAAAACAACUCUUUCAUCGUGGCCAAUUCCGUCCAUGCCCUGGUCUCGUCUUCAUGUGGAUUAUGCUGGACCAAUCAAAGGAAAAAUGUUCCUCGUCAUCGUGGACGCGUAUUCAAAAUGGCCAGAAAUUUUUGCAACCAGUAACUCGACCGCAACAAUGACGAUUAAGAAGCUGAAGGAAUGUGUCUCCCGAUUUGGAUGUCCAUUGACCAUUGUAACGGAUAACGGUACCCAGUUUUGCUCUGAAGCAUUCAGCAAGUUUUGCCAGCAGCACGGAAUCGAUCACGUGAAAACUCCACCCUUCCACCCACAAUCUAAUGGUCAAGCCGAGCGAUUUGUGGAUACACUAAAGAGAGCGCUUUUGAAGAUAGGCGGAGAAGACGUUGAAGAUGCACUGCAGAUUUUCCUUCAAACCUAUCGCUGUACCCCUAAUCCAUCCUUACCGGAUAACCGAUCACCAGCUGAGGUCCUGUUAGGCAGAAAAACCCGAACUGUUUUUGACCUGAUGAAGCCGCCGAUUUCACAACCAACGCAAAUUAAUGAAAGGCAGAAUGAUCAGUUCAACAAGCAGUAUGGAGCGAAACAUCGAUCGUUUGAAGCUGGGGAUACAGUUUAUGCUGAAAUUCAUAUUCGGAACGAGCGCUAUUGGGCCAAAGGUAUCGUUAUUGAGCAGAAAGGAAGUGUGGUCUACAAUGUUCUUCUUCAAGACGAAAAACGACAAGGUUUGAUAAGAUCGCACACUAACCAAUUACGGAAACGCAAACCGGACGGAAAAUGUGAAGCUUCAGCUGAGCAGCCUCUACCCUUACAAGUACUGUUGGAGGAAUUUAGCUGUCCGGAUCAUGUUCCAACUGAAGAUAUUGAAAAUCCUGGGAACUCUCAACUGGAUAUUCCCGUAACCGAGCCCGGAAGUUCAAGAGGUAAUACGUGUCCUGAACAGAUGAAAUCAAAUUGUAUCGACGGAUCAUCGGAGGUUUGUCGUAGUCAGGAUCGGGUUCAAUCAAGAAAACGAACUCUACCUUUUCGGGAACCUUCAGGCAGGAAGCGGAGACUUCCUUCACAUUUUGAGUACUACGAGAUUUUCUGAAGGAGGAGAUGUUGGAGCAGUACAAGCAAGCCAUGAUUUUUAGCCUUAAGUUGACACUUGCAAAUAAACUCUAUUCUAAUUUGAACCACCAAA